AUAUUGGCAUUGUCCCGGACUAUAAAGCCCCAAUUGCUGCCAGAAUAUUGGUCUCCAUCCCCCGUGUUCCCCGUGCACCAGGGCCUCGGUUUUCUCCACAAACGUGACUCGAAAAUCCAUCACUAUGAAGCUUCACGUCCUCGCCCUCUUGGGCGCCGCCUCUAUGGCAAAGGCCGCGAACACCACCUACCCGUACAAGGAUGCCACACUGCCGAUCGAAGAGCGCAUCUCCAACCUCCUGUCCCUCAUGACGCUGGAAGAGAAGAUGGCGCAGAUGAUGCAGGGCGACAUCUCCAACUGGCUCAACACCACGUCGGGAGAGUUCAACCGCACCGGCCUGGUCGAGAACAUGAAGACAAAAGCCGGACAGUUCUACGUGGGCUACCCGAUCUCUUGGGAUUGGCUGCAGAAGGAGACGGAGCGCGGGCAGAGGUACCUCGUCGAGGAGACUCGACUUGGAAUUCCCGCGCUCACGCAGACGGAGGGUAUCCAUGGAUUCUUGUUGGAGAAUGCGACCAUCUUCAACUCCCCCAUCGCAUACGCCUGCGCGUGGGAUACCGAGUUGGUCUACAAGCUCGCCGCGGUGGUGGCGAAAGAGUCACUCGCUCUCGGUGUGAACCACAUGUUCGCUCCCGUCGUCGACCUGGCGCGAGAACUUCGCUUCGGGCGUGUCGAGGAGAUGUUCAGCGAAGACCCAUACCUGUCAGGCGAGCUGGGGUACGCAUUCGUCAAGGGUCUGCAGGAUCAUGGCGUCGCUUCCACGGUAAAGCAUUUUGCAGCAUUCGGAACGCCAGAGGGUGGGUUGAACACCGCGCCUGUGCAUGGUGGCGAGAGGGAGAUGCGACGAACGUAUCUGCCCGCGUUUAAGAGGACCAUCAUCGAUUCGGAUGCGUGGAGUGUCAUGAGUGCUUACCACUCGUACGAUGGAAUACCGGCGGUCGCGGAUUACCAUCUGCUCACGGAGAUUCUGCAGGAGGAGUGGGGUUUCAAGUACCACGUGAUGACUGAUGCCGGAGGAACCGACAGGAUCUGCAACGACCACGGUCUCUGCGAGCGUGGCGACAUGGAGGCGAUCACCCAGUUCGCUCUCGGGGCAGGCAACCACGUCGAGAUGGGUGGUGGAUCGUUCAACUACCGGACUAUUCCCAAGCUUCUCGAAGCCGGCAAGAUCAAGCAGAGCCUCGUCGACGAUUCUGUCUCUCGUAUUCUGAGGACCAAGUUCGCCAUGGGCCUCUUUGAGAACCCUUUCUCGGCGGCACCGAAGGAUCAGUGGAAGAAACUUAUCCACUCAGCGGAGGCGAUCAAGCUGGCGCGGACGAUCGAUGCCGAGAGUAUCAUCCUGCUGGAGAACGAUGGCGUACUCCCGCUCAACAAGAAGAAGGUCAAGAGCAUUGCCGUGCUCGGCCCGAUGGCUGAUGGAUUCAUGAACUACGGAGACUACGUCGUCAAGGGCUCAAUGUACCGCGGCGUCACACCCCUUGCAGGAAUCAAGUCGGCGCUCAAGGGUACCGGCGCGAAGGUCACCUACGCCAAGGGCUGUGAGCGCUGGUCCAAUGACCAAUCUGGGUUCGCGGAGGCCGUUGCUGCAGCCAAGGCCGCCGAAGUCGCAGUUGUCGUCGUCGGAACGUGGUCCCGAGACCAGUUCGAGCUCUGGAGGAAUUUUAACGCCACCACUGGAGAGCACAUCGAUGUCCACAGCCUCAACCUCGUAGGAGCACAAGCGCCCCUCGUCCGCGCCGUGCUGGAAGCCAACCCCAACACGAUCGUGGUCUACUCCUCUGGCAAGCCCGUGACCGAGGCGUGGAUCUCGGACAAGGCAGCCGCACUGGUGCAGCAGUUCUACCCGUCGGAAGAAGGCGGCAACGCUCUCGCCGACGUCCUCUUCGGCUCGCAGAACCCGUCCGGCAAGCUCACGGUCUCGAUCCCGCACGACGUCGGCACGACCCCCAGCUACUACGACUUCAUGAAGGGCGGCCGCUACAGCUCCCCCGGCGCCGCGUACGAGAACGGCACCCUCGUCUUCGGCCAGCAGUACGUUCUCUCCAGCCCGAUACCACUGUACCCCUUCGGCUACGGCAAGAGCUACACCACCUUCUCGCUGCAGAACGUGACGCUGUCGGCGACCAACGUCACCGCGUCCUCGAUCGUCAAGGCCAACGUCGUGAUAAAGAACACGGGCAAGCUUCCCGGCGCCGAAGUCGUGCAGUUCUACGUCACCGAUAAGAUCGCCUCCGUCACCACGCCCAACAUGGAGCUCAAGGGCUUCAAGAAGGUCUUCCUGAAGGCCGGCGAGACGAAGAAGGUCAGCGUCGACAUCGAUGUCAGCACGCUCGGCGUCUGGACCGUGCGCAGUAAGUAUGUCGUCGAGGACGGCGAGUUCAUCGUCAAGGUCGGACAGGACAGCAGUACCACCGGGAUCAGGUCGACGGCGUCGUUCUGGGUCAGUUAGAUUUUCGACUCGACAUAAAUGUGAAACGGAUUGCGUGCGAUUGCGUGCGACAAGGGUGAAAGACUACGAUUUUUUUAUUUUUUUAUUUUUUGGGUUCACGAAUUAUCAUGAUCUUUGUGGUUCCGGGUGGUUUCUCCGGGUGGUUUCUCCGCGCGGAUGUGGGCAGUAUGUACUAGUAGCAGAGUAGAGAC